CCAAUAAAUAGUACAAGAAGAAGAAUCAGAACGAAAACGCGUCUUCAGUUCCAGCGAGGUUGUUUGUCGAACGCGUACAUUUAUUUAUUUACACGGAAUUUGACAGUUCGCAAUUUACAGUUAAAAGAAACAUUCAAGUCACAAUGGCGCAGUACAAAGGAGCGGCUAGCGAGGCUGGAAGAGCCAUGCAGUUGAUGAAAAAACGUGAAAGAGAGAGAGAGCAGCUGGAGCAGUUAAAACAAAAAAUAGCAGAGGACAACAUUGUGAAAUCAAACAUUGAUAAAAAGUUCUCUGCUCACUAUGAUGCUGUUGAGCAAGAGCUUAAGUCAAGCACUGUGGGUCUGGUGACUUUGAAUGACAUGAAAGCAAAGCAAGAAGCCCUUGUAAAAGAGCGUGAAAAGCAGCUGGCUAAGAAGGAGCAGUCUAAAGAGCUUCAGCUAAAAUUAGAGAAGCAGAAAGAGAAAAAGAGAAAAGAGGAACAGAAAAGAAAAAUCGCCCGUUUGUCUUUCAAUCCAGAUGAUGUAGAGGAUGAAGACGACAACCCGGUUGAGAAAAAAAAGCUGGGGAAGAAUCCUGAUGUCGACACCAGCUUUCUUCCAGACCGGGAAAGAGAGGAGGAGGAAAAUCGCCUGAGGGAGGAGCUUAGACAGGAAUGGGAGCGGAAGCAGGAGAAAAUCAAGAGUGAAGAAAUUGAAAUCACUUUCAGUUACUGGGAUGGAUCUGGACACCGGAAAACAGUCAAGAUGAAGAAGGGCAAUUCUAUUCAGCAGUUUCUCCAAAGAGCCCUGGAGGUUCUGAGAAAAGACUUCAGCGAGUUAAGGUCUGCUGGAGUGGAGCAACUCAUGUACAUUAAGGAGGAUUUGAUCAUCCCUCAUCACCACAGCUUCUAUGACUUCAUUGUGACAAAAGCUAGAGGCAAAAGUGGACCACUUUUCAGUUUUGAUGUUCAUGACGAUAUCCGAUUGGUAAAUGAUGCUACAGUUGAGAAAGAUGAGUCUCAUGCAGGAAAAGUGGUUCUGAGGAGCUGGUAUGAAAAAAACAAACACAUAUUUCCUGCCAGCCGCUGGGAACCUUAUGAUCCUGAAAAGAAAUGGGACAAAUACACGAUCCGAUGAGGUGGUGCUUCUAGGAAAUGCACACAUUCUGAUAAUUCCACAUUCUGUGAAUUCUGUUUUCUUGCACAUAAAUAUGACCUAAAACAUUAUAAUAAAAAAAAUAAAAGUAGAUAAAGAGAACCCAGUUAAACAAA